AACACCACUCAGGCAUGCUGCUGACACAACACCUGAAACAGAGCUCCAGAAUUUUAGCAUUCUGAACUAAGGUCGAAUCUAUGAUUUAAUAUUCAGAUGCGCUUAGAUAGUCAGCGCAAAGCUUAGGCCGCUGACGUGUAGAAAGUAGUGGCGGCUUCGACCAGAGGAGUAAUCUGGCGAGAAACGGCGAACAGGAGCAGGCGAGUCGCCAAGUGCACGUUCACUCGUGGCACUAUUCGGCCAGGAGGCAGCAAUGGCUGACAGCAACGCGCCUGCUGACGUGGCUGCAGGAGGUGGUGGGAGCGGAGCGGAGGAGAAGCGCAGCAAGAAAUGGCUGCCGCUGGAAUCGAACCCGGACGUCAUGAACGAUUUCGUUCGCAAGAUCGGCUUCCCCGCGUCAGCAGCGGGCUUCCACGACGUCUAUGGCCUUGAUGCCGAUCUGCUCGCAAUGGUUCCCCAGCCCGUGCUCGCGCUGCUCUUCCUCUUCCUGCUGCCGCCCGAGGAACGCUCCAAAGAGGCGGAAAAGGAAGACCCAACACCUGAGCCAACAGCACCCUCUGCAGCAUCACCACAGCCAUUCUUUGUGCGGCAGACCAUUGACAACGCAUGCGGCACCAUUGCGCUCCUACAUGCCAUCGGCAACAACCAGCACAGACUCACUCUUGAAAAGGGUUCCUUCCUGCAGCAUUUCUUUGAGAAGACCAAAGACAUGACAGCUGAAGAGCGAGCGGCCUGUUUGGAGGCGGACACAGAGCUGGAGAAAGUGCACUCAGAUGCAGCAGAGGCCGGUGACACUCGGCCCCCCAGUCUACAUGAGUGUGUGGACCUGCACUUUGUUGCCUAUGUCACUGUUGGGGGUUGCCUGUAUGAGCUGGACGGUCGCAAGCCAAAGCCAAUCGACCAUGGGCCAUCUUCCCCUGACACCCUGCUGCAGGAUGCUGCAUGGAUAAUGCAGGCAGUGAUAACUGGCAGCCCCAACUCUUUGCAGUUCAAUGUCAUUGCUAUGAGCCUUGUGCCACCUGAGUAAACAGUUGCCACACCAUGACUCCUCCACAUACCCCUCGCAACAAUAAAAUUUUGGCGAAGUCCCUCACACCAGAGACAUUCCUCCACACACCACACACACCCCUCAAGCCAUGUUUUUCCGAUGAAGUCACUCACAGCUAGACCAUGAAAUUUUGGGUUAAGACCCUCCCACACUGUCAACUUAUACAUAUUAUCUAUAUAG